GGCAGACGACGCGCUUGCGCAAUGGCUGCCGUGAAGCGAAUCACGUAACAAUUACAUCAUUCGCUCAGGGCUCUUUCCAAAUCAAUUGCAAAGAUUCCGUAAAUGUUUUGUAAUAAAAAAAAAAAAAGAAUCUCUACUAGAAAAUAUAUAGUAUAGCCACGUCAAUAGAAUACCAUCGCUAAUUGGUAUGGAUUGCGGAAGCCAUCGCAAUGUUUGACGGUCCCAUCGUUUUUGCUUUGUUUUCGCAAGCGACAACCCUGCCCCUUUUCCCCCCUCCUAAUAUCCCGAGGUGAUUUUUCUUUUGUUCACGUCAAACAUUCGACAACGAAUGAAAUCAUCAGUUGCGAGUGACCCGUCAUCAGAAACACAGUGUGCCAACGCUUUAGACGCGUGAAUUCUUCUCAAUCGAUAGCAGUUUGUUUGUUGCCUCUGUCAGUUUACCAACAGAUGACGCGUGUCUUGUCGAUUACACGUUUCCUUAUUAUUGAUUGGCCCCGUCUAUCUGUUUUUCUAAUAUUUUUCUUUCUAUAUAGAUACGUCAUGUCUAACACAUUUCUCGUGUCUUAUUGUCAUCAUUCUUUUCUUUUCUCUAUUAUUAUUGUUAUUACCCGGGAAAAAACAAACAAACAACUUGAAACGAUGGCCGUGUGCGUGACUGGCCCGUUGCGCGUGACUCUUUGAAAACAACAAAAACCAAAACAAAAACAAAAAAAACCCAACUUUUUUCGUGACUUGGCAUGGGUGGGGGUUCGUUGUUGUGUUAUACUUGCCGGUGGUUCGGGAACCAGACAAUUGUUCAUUGGCGGCUGCAACUGACUAGUCGACGUAGUUGGACGUCACGGUGGAGCGCCAUCUGCUGUGCAUCGAGCGAGGAGGGGGCGUGCACCGGCGACGUGUUGCAGCAGCCACCGCCAGCGGCGACAUCCAGCAGAAGACCGGAGGCGCAACAUCAGACGUCCUGCUGCUGGCGCCGUUUCUAGAAAAUGCUCAUCUCCCUGGGCGUUGUCGAACGAUGGCAAUCAUCGGUUGCAGAUUCUGCAGCGGCAUCGUCUCCGUCGUUGACGGCCGCCGUGUCGGCAGCGGCUCACCAGUCGUCGAUCGGUGGCACUCCGGCCGCCGACGUCGUCCUCACGGCCGAGAAUUUAACACAGGCGGUCAUCAUCCUCAUCCUGGACGUGGUCAUUAUCUGCUCCAAUCUCCUCAUCAUCGCCACACUCGCCACAGGAUCAGGUGGCGAAGUGAUGAACUAUUACUUAAUCAGUUUGGCUGCCGCCGAUCUAUUGGCCGGAAUUCUGGUGGUGCCUCUCUCCAUUUAUCCAGCGUUGACAGAUAGUUGGCCGUUAGGUGACGUGUUGUGUUCAAUCGCCGGCUACGUGGAAGCCACUCUGUGGGCAGUGUCCGUCUAUUCGUUCAUGUGGAUAUCGGUGGACCGUUAUCUGGCCAUCCGCAAACCGUUGCGUUACGAAACAGUGCAAACUCCGUCACGGUGUCAGUGUUGGGUCAUCUUCACUUGGCUGACGUCCAUGCUGGCCUGCUGCCCGCCCUUGCUCCAAGGAUCGACAGGUUACGCUAGCGGAGCACCUUAUUUCGAUCCGGAAGCCUUCGUUUGUCACCUCAAUUGGACGGGCAUGUCCGCCUACUCGGUGACGCUCAUCAUCUUGGUCCUCUGUCCGACGCUGGCCACCGUUGCCUACACCUAUUUCUACAUCUUCAGUUCGAUGAGGAAGAUGCGCAGCUCGUUGCUGCAGCAGGAUAAAGAAUACGCCACGGCGUUGAGUGAGAAUCUAUCCAAUCCGACGCACUUGAUGUCGUUCAUUUUAGUUAUGACAUUUUGGCUGUCGUGGCUGCCGUUCAUUUGUUUGACGCUGUACGAGUAUUUGGCCCAGCACAGGAUCGAUUCCAUUCCGUUCCUGCAUUUCACCGUUUUCUGGCUAGGCAUUUGCAAUUCGUUUUUCAAGCUGUUCAUCUACGUGGCAAUGAGCCCGCUCUUCCGGCACAAGCUCAGGAUUUUUUGUCUCUCCUAUCUCUGCUGUGGCGCUGCGAAAAGGAACAACGCCAACGCAAGGAGACCGCUCACUUCCGGAUCGGCUAACAGGAACCAUCAUCCCCAUCAUCAUCACAAUAACGAAAUCAUCUACAGACGGUGAUUUGUUCGGUAUAUAUAUAUUUUUUUCAAAUUUACCCGCGCUUAUUUUAGAUAGAGAAGAAGAAAUGGCGCGAAAUUUUGAAUUAAAAACUCCUCCCAAUCAAAUAGACCGGGCGUUUAAUUUUGUAUAAUGGAGGUUGUGGAGUUAUUGAGAAAGAAAUGGACAGUGUCGAAAGAUGACGAUUCUGCUCAGGUUCAUUCAAAUAAAACUUAAAAAAUAAAAAAAUAAAAAAAGAAGAAGCCAGAUUUACGUAUAUUUGUGGUGUGUAGAACCGUACUAUAUAUCCAGUAUAUAUAUAUACAAAUGGGUGUUGCGUAUACUAAAAAUCAGUAGGCCAAGUCGUUUGACAGUUGUAGACAACGGGGAAACAGGGACAGUCUAAAAUCAUAGUUUCUUCGAAAUGUGUAGCAGCGUGUACAGCAGCCAAAUAGUUAAGUAUAUAGGCUAAUAAUUAAAAGGACAAUUUAUUAUUAUUUUUCUAGAUAAUAUGGUUCCGAUAGAUUUUUGUAAGUCAUCUGUCUCCCGAGUAACCCCUUGGUCGAACUUUGUUUCUAAUCUGUAUUUUUCUUCCAGUAAAAUCAAAUGUUUAUGAUGCUGUAAUUGUGUUAUAUAUAAAGUAAUCGCGGUCCAUCAUUUUUAGUUUAGAAUUUUCUUUUAAGUUUUUUAUUUUUAUUUUUUAUUUUCUGAUCCCCAAAAAUUCAUUUUGUGGUCAUUGCGUCUGAGACAAAUCAAUAACGCUUAUCGGUAUAAUUCCACACGUCAACAUUAUACCUGCAUAAGCUCUAUAACUGCGUAGAUAUACAUCAAUAAUUAGUAUGUCACAUCUUUAAAAAACAAAAACAAACAUUUAAUAACUAUUCCAGUAAAUGGACAGCGCGAUCCCGUGAAAUGACGUGACGUCGAAAACGUAGAAACUCUAGAAUAAAAUCAAUAGUCGUCAGUGUUUGUGAUGAAUAAUUAUCGUAUAAUGAUAAAUAUCAAUUUCGUGGAUGUAUCGAUCAUUCCUUCACCAUCUGUGAACCAUAAAUCCAUAACCAAAAUCAUUAUAUAAAUAUAUAUAUAUAUAUACUGUAACUAUUCGUUAUGUUUUAGCUGCCUCUAUAUUCACCAUUUUGCGUUGUGUCAUUUUAUUGUAGACUUGUCAAUUGAAUUUUUUUGUUUGUAUCCCUCGAUUUUUUAAAAGUUAUCUCUAGUCUAUGUAGUGCGCAUUGGCCAAAAUUGAAUGUCUGCGUUCCCACCUGCUCGUGCUGAUUAUCACAACCUUCGUCAUUUGCUGUCCUCUGGACGUCUUAUCAUUUUUGAGGGUAGCAAGAAGGGGGAGGGGGAGUGACAUCUGCUACCUAUUUUCAGUUAUCAGUUCGUAUCGACAACAUCUGGCAUUCAACGCCUUUUCAGGUUUAAUCAAUAGUUCAGCUACUAACAAGGUAAAAAAAAAAUAAUUCAGACCAAAAUCAAUUUUUCUUUCAACAAAAGAUGCGAUCAUAUCCAGCGACAAUUCAAAUUCCGGUUAAAUAGCUCAUCUCGUUAACAAGUGCAGUGAAAAGGCUUUGAAAGCAGACGACGCCAUAUUGAUUCGACUUCAGUAAAAAAAAAAGAAAAAGAAGAUGAAUUAAAGAUUCAUACACAUUUUGGGCCGUUUUUGAACGUCAAAGAAAAGAAACAAAAGAGCUAGACAGAAACAAUCAAUUCAUCAUCAUUGCUCUAGGCAGUCCUUUCUUCUCUAUAACCCAAAAACCAAGCCUGCAGCUUUCCACAUACACUCACUGUAUGCUUACACGUAUAAAAGUAUUGAUUUUUUUUUUCCUUGUUCCCAUCUCGUCCGCAGUUUCCUCCAAACAUUUAAGCGUAUUUAUAGAGGUGUAAUGGGUAGUGCCUGGGCAAGAGAAGAAGAGGAUUAUUCCGCGUUUUAUAUUCCAACUGUCUUUUGUGUUUUCGUUCUUCUUUUAUUUCCUUUUGUUGUUUUUUCGUCUGCUGAAAUGAUUAGCAUCGAUCCCUCCGCUCUCUGUAGGCCAACACUACGGAGUGAAAUUGCUAUUCUUUCCGUUGAUGAUGAUUUAUGAUCGUGGUGAUUAUCUGUUUCUGUCUAGCUCUUCUUAAAAAACAAACAAACAAAUGGGGGAAGUUAUUGCGUUGGGUAGUUUUCAUCUUCGAGAAGCGAAAAGGAUUGUGCCCCAGGCAUACCUAAAAUGGCGGCUGAAAAAAACAAAACAAUUUCAUUUCGAUCGUCGGAUUGUUUCCUUCUUUCUUCGUGUGUAUAUCUGUUUUUAUUUCUCCUUGUCAUAUAGAGAUCGUAUUGCGUAACUAGAAGUAGCUCGGUCGACAACGAAAUCAAUAAAAUAACAGCCUGGACGUAAGCAAAAAUAUAGAAAAACUGAUGGAAAAGCCAAAUUUUUUUUUCCUUUUCAUUCGAGAUGCCCUCAUUUAUUUCAAGUAUUUAACAAUUCCAAUCACAUUUCAGUUGAUUAAAUCCUCGUUUUAAUUAAUGACUACGACAGAAACAGAUCAUUUUGUAUGGUGGCAUCUGACUCUGUUGCUCCAUGCGAAAUGUGUGUUGUUGUGUUUGGUCAUCCAAAAUUGGAACAACCAGACAUUCCCUCUUUUAUUAUUUUCCUGUCUGUGUUUUUGUAUCAAUAACGGGCGAUGGUAUUUAGUUUAAAAAGGGCAAUUUAAGUAUACCCGCUAAAAUCCCCCAAGAUGGACGCGAAAAGAAGAGCUCACUCUAUUGAUGAUAACAGUUAUACAUAUGAUAUUGAAUAUUGAGUGUAUAUGUCAUGUAUUGUACAUGUCCUACCUGUUGCGAAAAAAAAAAAUAAAAAGUUGGUUCGUAAAA